GGGUGCCUCUUGCAACCGCAGCGCGGCCCGGCAGGAGGAGAGUGCUAGUGCUGGCUGGGCCCCUCCGGUGAAAGCAGCGCUUUGCUGAAAUAAAAUGGAUGUUUGCAGUGCGCUGGAGACGGGAGUGUGUAUGAUAGCGCUGUCUGGUCUCAAGUGAAGCACGCCGUAGGAAGUUGUUCACAAAACUUCUUUUUCCCUCCAGUGACAACUCGCAGGUUUUUCAGCCUUACGUGCUGCGAACUCGCAGGAACAGUACAACAGUCAUGAGCCGUCACAGUAUGUUGUUGUCAUCAUCUCCUAUUCGUAUUCCUAGUAGCCGACUUCAUCAGAUCAGAAGGGAGGAAGGAGUGGAUUUAAUGAACAGAGAAACAGCACAUGAAAGGGAAGUGCAAACAGCAAUGCAGAUAAGCCAGUCAUGGGAGGAAAGCUUGAGCCUGAGCGACAACGACUUGGACAAGUCUGAGAAAUCUUCCUCCCCAAAGAGAAUAGACUUCAUUCCAGUUUCGCCUGCACCUUCACCUACAAGAGGAAUAGGAAAGCAAUGUUUUUCACCAUCAUUGCAAAUGUUUGUGAGCAGUAAUGGAUUACCUCCAAGUCCUAUUCCCAGUCCAACAAGGCGAUUCUCCAAGAGGAGUCAAAGUCCAAUCAACUGCAUCAGGCCCAGUGUUCUUGGCCCCAUUAAAAGAAAAGGUGAAAUGGAAACUGAAAGUCAGCCAAAGAGACUUUUUCAAGGAACAACCAACAUGCUUUCUCCAGAUGUUACACAUCUGACAGAUCUCAGUUCAUGCCUGUCUUCAGAUAUUCUUGAUGGGAGUAGCAGCAGUGUUGGCUCUUCCUCUGACUCGCUGACUAAAGGCAGCAUAACCACAGAGUCUCCAGUAACGUGCUCAAACUCAUGCUCUUCAUUCAUUUUGAUGGAUGAUCUCUCACCUAAGUGACUUAAUAAGUUCUGAGUCAGUGUCUGGCUGUGCUGUUCCCUUACUGUACACUUGUACAGAGAAACGAACUCUGAUCCUUGAACCAUUAACGUGGAUUAUUAAAAGGAAAAAUUAUUGUAACUGUAAUCCUUGGCGACUUUCCAGUGAUUUUGAUUUAUCCAUUUAAUGGACAUUGUAGACCAUAUUAAUGUCUGGUUUUGCGAUUUUUAUUUUUUAAACAAGAUGUCUGCUCAGAUUAUACUAACUUUUUGCUUUCAGGAACUUGCAUAUACUUUUUGAUUCCAAGAAUAGGUAUCUACCUAUUAGUGUUGCAAUUUUUAGGAAAAUACUUCUAUCAUUAUCGUGGUCACUAUGUCUAGGGAAAUAAUUUGGUUCAGAAGGAUUUGAAAAUACUAACUUAUUCUCUGGCACUUCUACCAUUGAGUAAAACUAUUCUCCUUGCUUUUUUUCAGUCACUAGUCUCAAAUUCUCUUACAGAAGGGAGAAAAAAAAUUUUAUUUUUCUUUUUUAUUUUUUUUAUUUAGUGCUGCUAGUCGUUUUUGUUACAGAAGACCACAGUGGGUCUGGAAAUCUCACUCUAUAUGAUAUUAAAAAAAAAAAAAACCAAAACCAAAACACAACAAAAUAAUUAACGACUGGCACUUUUGCCAU